CAUUGGAGAAGAACUGAUACGAUAAUGCUCAUGUAUAUAAAUUAAAAUUGUUUUCUCGGAUCAAAACGUAAUUUUAGUAGAAUAGAUUUCCCCCAGUACGUAUAAUUGAAAUCGGAAACACAGUACUACGAAAAGUUUAUCUGUGUAGCGUUGGAAAGAUUUGUUUGAAUCCACAGACUACUUCAAGCAAUAAAUGAAGCAGGUCAGCUUCAUUUAUGCAGUAAACUCACCACAUACCACCACAAGUAAUUUUUAUUUUAUAUUUCUACUAGUAUAAAAUCAUGCUUAGUGUAACAACGAGCCUCCCGUAUGGCUAAAGAUGAAUACGUUUAUAGUAUGUUUAACCAAUCGUUUAUAGUAGGGUUAAACAAUCUUUCAAGAUAUUAGUGCUACAGAACAUCAACACUUGUAUUACUUAACAGUUGUAAAAGAUGUUACAUGUGAACUGAGAGCAAAAAGCACAUAUAACAACAUUUCACUAUAACGUGCCAUAACGACAGUGGUGUGCGUGUCUCAGCUUUGCCAAAUAUCAGACACCAGAUGACGCUCUUGUAUAACUGUCUCGCGCCUUUUUGCCCAAACGCUUAGACGGUCUCCAUCCCACAAACUUAUCGGACACGUUCCCCUUAUUCAUCAAUAAUCUCGGGGGAUCAAGCCAAUUUAUGACUGGCCAACAGUUGCACGUGAUUCUAUUUAAGCAUCCCAUAUUUGGGCAUUACACGUUGCAUCGUGAAAAAAAAUCAAGCGAUAUUCCGCCACCUAUAAAUCCUGCCCUUUUUAGGGCAAAGCCCCUUUAACUUCCAAGGGAGACAAAUCAAAAACAAUAAACAAGAUUAGUAACAACAAACAAUCUAUGUAUGUUGUACGUUCAUUUCGGUUCUGGUGUGACUACGUGCUUCUAGUUGAUUCCUUUCUUGUAGGCUACUUUGUAUCGAAGUAGAAUGAGCUCGUACGUGGGAAACUCUUUUUGUAACCAAACGCACGAUGCACCCUCCUUUAGCAUGCGCACUUUUGGUAACUAUGGGGCUGUCUCAGAGUUUCAGCAGUCCACUUAUGCUUACGGAGGGCUCGAUCUCAGUGGAGCGUUAGCUUCUCAAGUCGUUUCCGAGUCUCCGAAACGGGAGGCGAUGAAUAAGCACAACAGUGCCAGGAUCAACGCGGCACCACAUCGCCAGGCUUGCGCAGCCAUGGGUUCCCCAAGUCGUGUCAAUACACGCGGGUACAACUUGCUCAGUCACGGACUGUUGAGCCAAAAAUCAGAGAUGAUUAUGGAAGUUACGGAAAAACCCAGCGGCAAAAGUCAGCCCGGUGAUAUGGAGAUCACGCCAACGAUUAAACAACAAACUAACUCGAGUGAGCUCCAGACACAAUCGCAACCGCAGAUAUACCCGUGGAUGACCAAGCUGCACAUUAGCCACGACUCUGACGGUAAAAGGUCACGAACCAGUUACACCCGCUACCAGACUCUGGAGUUGGAGAAAGAGUUCCAUUUCAACCGAUACCUCACACGUCGCAGGCGAAUCGAGAUUGCCAAUAACCUCUGCCUGAACGAGAGACAAAUUAAAAUUUGGUUCCAGAACCGUCGCAUGAAGUGGAAGAAGGACUCAAAGCUGAAAGUUAAAGGUGCACUAUAAUGAUAAGGUGGUAUAGCAAAUAUACCUGCAACCAAGAUGAAAGUUAAAGUUCAUUAAUAUAAAUGUUUCAAAGUCCAUGGUGUUCAAAACUGGCAAUUACAGAUUAUAAUUGAUAAAUUACGAUCUUAAUUUUAUGUAAUUAUGUAACGUAUGUGCUCACAACAUGUUCUGCUGACGACACUUUGACAACGGGGAGGAGCUUAUUUGGGUCACACCCAUCCAGAAUUUACAGCAGGUUAACACGUGAACGUGCAAUUCUAAUUAUUUAAAGAGAUAUUUUAAAUAAUUCAGUAUUAUUUGGUUUGCCUUCUGUAUUUUAUGUUUAUAUGUCUGAUAGGAUAUGUCUGUUUAUAAGAUGUGUCUGUAGUGAUGAACUGCACGCAACAAAAUGUCAUAUUACUCACUGUAUGUUCCAAUUACACGUUAGAUAGUCAUGCUUUAUGUACCUGUUGUGAGUAAUUUCAAUUUACUGCUGAAAGAGAAGACUUGGAAUGUUUUUUUUUAAGUACUAAAGAAGGAUAUUUGGGUUCAAAAUUGUAUUAGCAUCAAUGCGAGGCAAUUCAGCAACAGAAAGUUUGCCCAGUAUAAUGCUAAAUACUCAGAGUUCAAGAGUUGCACCUUUAUUUUAAAUUUAGUUUAUUAAUCUACAUUUUACAAAUGUUACAUGUGCAAUGCAUAAAAGAAUCAAAUGUGGUUGGUGCGGCCUAAUAAUUUAAAUAAACUUAUUACCAGAUAGA